AUGGCAACCCAGGCGGAAAUGCUCUCGCUAGCAAAUAAACUGUCCAUGGAUAUUCCCGAGGAUGAGAUAGCAGAUUAUGAGACGUUUCUGUUACGCACAGAGAAGACAAUACAAGCUAUUGAAGCAAUGGAAGGCAAGGCCGAGAUCUCCCCCGCAUUCUCGACUGCCAACUACCAGCCUGAACCUGACACGACCAAGCAUCCCAGACGAAAUAUCCGCUUCCCCAAACCCGAAGACAACACCCUUGGAGCAUGGGCCUGGCGAUUCGAGCUUUCGUCCGAUUCCCCAACUUUGAACAUCUUAAAAGGCAAAACAGUCUGUUUAAAAGAUAAUAUCUGCGUUGCCGGCGUACCAUGUUUGCUCGGCACAGACACAUUUCGCGACUGGGUCCCACAUACAGACGCGACUGUCGUAUCACGCAUCAUCGACGCUGGCGGGGUCAUCACUGGCAAAGCCGUGUGCGAGAAUUUGUCGCGCGGGGCAGUCAGUGCAACCGCUGCGACAGGCCCAGUGCACAAUCCAUACGCGCGGGGGUAUUCGGUCGGUGGCAGCAGUUCAGGCACGGCCGCUAUUGUGGCGAGCGGCGGGGCAGAUAUGGGGAUCGGAUGUGAUCAAGGGGGUAGUAUACGGAUUCCGGCGGCUUUGACGGGAUUGUAUGGGUUUAAGCCGACGAUGGGGCUCGUGCCGUAUACUGGUAUCGCGAGCAAUGAUGCUAGUUUGGAUUAUGUUGGGCCGAUCGCGAAUUCGCUUCUGGACACUGCGUGCCUGCUAGAAGCUAUUGCUGGGGCAGAUGGUAUGGAUGAUCGAUCAGGGCCUGGAAUUCCACUUCAAAGAGACGUGCCCCCUUAUUCGGAUGUGCUCAAACAGGGUGAUUUUUCUCUCCAAGGCGUUCGAAUUGGGGUGCUGAGAGAAGGCAUGCCGACUGAGAUAAAUCCGGAUGUUUUGACGAAGUUCAGGGAUGCCGUUAAUUCAUUUGAAAAGUUCGGAGCUCAAGUGCAGGAUAUUAGCAUUCCUCUACACUCGCAUGCGCAAAGCUUGUACAGCGUACUCAGCAAGAUGGGGAAUCAUAUGGGAAUGAUGGGCCAGGCAACGGGUCGACGACAGGUGAUGUUAACGGAUCUUUUCGAAAAGAAAGGCCUUCCCUAUACAUCUGAAGCCGUGAGCAAAAUGAGCGUGAUGUGCAAAGAGGGUCUUCUCAGUGGCGAGUUUGCCUGGAAGCACCACUCAACCGUCUACCCAAAGGCUGUCAACAUAUUGCGCAAGCUGAAAGACAAGUACGACGAGACAUUCUCUUCUGUCGAUGUAAUUGUGAUGCCCACCACUCUAUCAUGCGCAAGCCGACUGCCCAGCGUGGAUGCAACACCAAUUGUCCAACCCGAAGCGGCACAAGGAAUGAUAAACAACACAUGUGCCUUCAAUGCUACAGGGCAUCCGGCACUUGCAAUUCCGAUUGGAUUUGUUCCUGCCCAGGAGAAUCCGAGUGUGAAAUUGCCGACUAGCAUGCAGAUUGUGGGCAAGUGGCACGAUGAAUUGAGGAUCUUGCAAGUUGCAUACGCAUGGGAGCAAUCUGUCAAGGAUGAUUUAGUGAUGUCGAAGAUUGAGAUGGAAAUGAGAGGACCUUGA